GGAGAACCUUGUGAUUGCACUAUACUUGGGUUAGAGUAAGUCGUUUGGCCAAAAGUUUGGGGUUAGAAAUUUGCAUUUGACCACUUGAAGACCGGCUAGAGCGCACAAAUACAAAACCCCGAAUUCCGGUAAUCAUAAACCCUUCUUAAAACCGCGCUUCUUUUACUCAGAAGUUAGACCAAAAGCACACGCAGACACAGAAAUGGGGAAGAAGAAGAAGAGAACCGAAUUAGAAGUAGAACCACAGACCACAUCGGAAUACCAUGGGCCACAAAAUGAGCUCGAUCUCUCCAACAGUGCAAUAAAAAAGAAGAGGAAGAAGAGAGACAAGCAAAACGACGACGCAUCAAACGAAAUACCUACUGUCAGCAUAGCUGUGCCUGGUUCCAUCAUUGACAAUGCUCAGUCUCUCGAGCUCGCCACCCGAUUGGCUGGUCAGAUUGCUCGUGCGGCCACGAUUUUCCGAAUUGAUGAGGUGGUGGUAUUUGAUAGUAAGAGCAAUUCGGUGAAAGAUCCGGCCUCUAAUAAUUCAGAUGAGAAUGAAAGUGGGGCCACUUUUCUAUUUAGAAUCUUAAGGUAUCUUGAAACACCACAGUAUUUAAGAAAAGCUCUCUUUCCUAUGCAUAGCAGCCUAAGAUUUGUGGGUAUGCUACCCCCACUUGAUGCUCCACAUCAUUUGCGCAAACAUGAGUGGGCACCAUUCCGGGAAGGUGUCACACUAAAAGAAAGAGUGCCAAGCUCUGGAGGAACACUAGUAGAUGUGGGUUUGAAUAAGAAUGUUCCGAUUGGUCAAGCACUUGAACCUGGAGUAAGAGUCACCGUAGCAAUGGGAACUAGCCGCAAUUUGGAUUCUGAUUUCCUACGCAAGGUUGUCCCAGCAUCCAAGCCUAAGGAAAAAUCAGGAAUGUACUGGGGGUAUAAAGUGCGAUAUGCUUCCAAUAUUAGUUCUGUAUUUAAGGAAUGCUCAUAUAAAGGUGGCUAUGAUCAUCUGAUUGGCACCUCAGAGCAUGGUGAUACUGUUAAUCCAUCUGAACUUACAUUGCCAAAUUUCAGGCAUCUAUUGAUUGCUUUUGGUGGACUUGCUGGUUUAGAAGAGAGUAUUGAAGAAGAUGAUAACUUAAAGCAAAAGAAUGCUCGGGAGGUGUUUGACUCAUAUUUCAACACAUGUCCCCAUCAAGGAAGCCGAACAAUUCGAACUGAGGAAGCAAUUUUUAUCUCUCUACAGUACUUUCAAGAACCAAUCAGUCGAGCAUUGCAAAGAAGAGUAUAGAAGUUAACAUGAAGAUGAAUUCCAUUUCCCAUUUUUCCCCUUCAAGAUUUUCAAGUUUGGGAUAAAUGGCUUCCUCUACAGCUGCAAUGAGACGCAUUCAAUUGCCCGUUUUCUCCUGAAAUGCUCUUUCAUCUUGCUUUGCCAAGUUUUUGGAAUGUUAUACUCAAAAUGUCAACUUUACUACUCCUGGAUGAGCCAUUUUUUCCGAUCUCUGUUGGGAACUAUUAUGUUUAAUUUUUAAUAACAAUAAAAUAAAUUUAUGAUA